GUCCUGGUGCACAUUAGCACGGCAUAUUCAAAAGUGGACGAAGUAGUCAUUGAUGAAACUGUGCAUCCAGUGGAAGCAGAUUGGAGAAAAACAAUUCAAAUUGUUGAAGCUUUGGACGAUGACAUUUUGGAAGUAUUAAAGCCAAAAUACAUAGGCAUGAUGCCAAAUCAAUAUAUAUUUUCCAAAAGACUCGCGGAACAGGUAAUAGUCGAUUACUCCCGAUCGUUGCCGUGCGUAAUCUGCAGACCGUCUGUAGGUACAGUAUUAUGA